AUGCCACUCAUCAAGACCUCAUAUCCCCAGGUGCUCAACAGCCUGCGCGGCCCCACUGCGGGCCGCACAUUCCUCCUCUUCUACUCGUCCAUCGUGAACGGGCAGAUGUGGUGUCCUGACUGCCGCGCAGUUGAGGGCAUCGUAGAGGACGCGUUUGAGGGCGACGACAAGCCGAAAUGUGCGAUCGUCUGGGUCGAGCGCGACGAAUGGAAGAAGCCCGACGGCGCAGAGCGCGUACAGUGGAACCUGCGCGGUCUGCCCACCAUCAUCCGAUUCGAGGAGGGCGCGGAGACGGGCCGCCUCGUCGAGGGCGAGAUGCUGGACGGGGCGCGGUGGUCCGCCUUCCUGGCGGGCAAGUGA